AUAUACUGAGAUAAAUAAGUGCAGACAUCAUUUCUCCACCUGUUAGGAUGGAGGAGACAUCUCUACUCUGGCUGCUCUGUGUGUCCUCCCUGCUGAGCUGUCCCACCACCCAAGUCUCUCUGACUGUGAGUCCCAGCAGCUCUCAGAUGUUUAAAUAUACAUCUGCCUCUCUGAGCUGUGAGGAGGACGACAGCUCUGCUGGAUGGACUCUGAGGAGGAACACGACUCAUGAAACCAGGACUCAGUGUGGAGGGGGCUGGGGAAGACCUGCUGGUUCCUCCUGUAACAUCACCUACAUGUUCUCAUGGUACAGUGGGGAGUACUGGUGUGAGUCCAGAGAGGGAGCAACCAGUACUAGCAUCAGCAUCACUGUCCCUGGUGGACCAGUGAUCCUGCAGAGUCCUGUCCUCCCUGUGACGGAGGGACAAGACCUCACUCUGCACUGUAGGACAAAGACGUCCUCCAACCUCCCAGCGUCUUUCUCUAAAGACGGCUCCUUCAUCGGGACUGGGCCUGCAGGUCACAUGACCAUCCCCCAUGUCUCCAGGUCUGAUGAAGGCCUCUACAGGUGCAACAUCAGCGGUGUUGGAGAGUCCCCCCCCAGCUGGGUCUCUGUCUCAGGUAGACCAGAGACCUCAGACCCUCAUACGAGCUCUCUGCCACCCUCCGAUACAACCUCAGCUCCACCCCCGGCCUCAGACCCCGUCCCCCUUGUGCUGAAACUGGUGUGCCACCUGGUGGUGUUCUGUCCGUACUGCAUCUCCUCCUUCAUCAUGGUGUCUCUGUGUCGAUGCAGGACCACAGGAAAUGACCUGCCCGUCUCCAUGGUGAUGACCCCCCCCACCAGGGCUGAGGAGGGAUUGGACGACGGCUAUGAUGAUGUCACCACCGCUGUCACAACGGAGCAUCACUUCUGACCUGGUCUGAAGAGAAGCUCACAUGUUUCAAGUCCCCUUUAGAUCAGAGAUCUUCCCUGUGGAACUCCACAUGUUCCAGUUAGACCUGUAGACGUAGGAUGUAGACCUGAGCCCAGUUCAGUCCAAAGAUCUGCAACGAGACACGUUGGACCUGGUUCU